CGCGGUCUCCGGGGCCGGGCCCCUCCGGGCUCAGCGCAAUGAAGCUGGCCACACUCACCGUAGUUCUGCCACUGGGAUGGUGAUCGAUUGGCAUUUCCUGCACGGUUUGGUGCACGUGCAGGCGACGUCUGUUGAAGCGCCACAGCUGCCCAAGGUGCCGAAGGUCUUCAAUGCAGGACCCGAUGGCAUGCCCCAGCUUCCAAAUGUGGAGCAGUUGUUGACAGAUUAUCAGGAGGUGAAGCAGCAACUGGACUCAGAGGCCAAAGACUUGGCCCAGCACGUGCAGCAGGUAGAAGCCUCUGGCGUCAGCCUGCUGUCUCAACAGAAGGAGCUCUAUGACAAGAAUCUGCAGGAGCAGGAGAAAGAGAAUCAGGCCCUGGUGCGCAACAACGCCCAUUUGGCCAAAGAAAUCAUCACUGCCCGGCAGCAGAACGCGAAGAUGAAGAAAGACCUCGCACACAAGGAGAAGUUGAUGUCCUUCCGACAGAACCAGCUACGCGGCCUGGAGCAAGAACUGGAACGGAGCCAGAAGUUCUUCCAGCAGGUGGUGGAGGCCACCAACUUUGCGGAUGGCGCGGCAGGCACCACCUCAGCGCCAGAUGUGGAGACGGAGCUCUUGGAAAAGGAUGCUGUGUCCUUCCUAGAGAUCUCCAAGAAACGAAAGCGCCGGGCCAAGACCUCCCUUCGGCAGCCGUUGACGGAGUCUGCACUGAUGCUGGAAGCCAUACGUCAAAGCGCAAAUGGCACUGAGACCAAGGACUCUGGUGAUGCUUUAGAUGUGACUGAGAAGGAUGGUCAGAUCAUCACUUUGCUGACUGAAGAUCUCCAGAAGCUGCACCAGGCAGCGCGGCGCGGCCAAGAGGCGCUGAAGAAGAGCUUUCAGCAAAGCUCCGAGGCGGGCAAGACACGCCAGGAGGCACUGCGAAAACAGGAGUCGCUUCUGACGGCAGAGCUGAAGCAGACGCAAGGCGCAGGAGAAGAGCUGAAGGCGAAGUCAGCCAAAGUCCAAGAUGCCUUGGAUCAGAUGCAGCGCAACCUGAGGAAGGGUGGAGACCUCUUCGGACAGCUGCAGAAGGUGGCGGUAGCUCCAGUGAAGGAAGUGCAAGCGUUGUUGAAGGCGCCAUCCUUGGUCGAUGGAAGUAUCUA